CUUUCUCCUUCUCCAUCAUAUACUUGUUCAACGCUCGCGCUAAUUCAAUUCAUCUCUUCCUCCAAUUCCGCCAUUUCUUCCCUCACCGAUCUCCAAUUCUCUCUACACUCAUCUCACCCUGAUUCCAUCGAUGGGUUAAUCGAAAGAAAAAAAACACAAACUCUAAAGUUCAGACCUUUUCUGAUGCGGUAAGAACGAGAAAGUUUACUCCUUUACCACUCUAUACCCCUCUUCUCUGUCGAUCUCACAAUGGGUAACCCUAAAGACCCUCUCUUUCCCGACGAGGUCAUCCUCCAGAUCCUCGCCAGGCUACCCGUCAAAUCCCUCUUCAGGUUCAAAUCCGUAUCCAAAUCUUGGCACACCUUACCUUCCGACACCUACUUCAUCUCCCUCUUCAAUCAACUCUCCUUAAAGAACCAAACCCUCGUCGCCGAGGUACCAGACUCCUCCGCCUUGAUCUCCGUCGACAAUCUCAGAGGCGUCUCCGAGUUCUCCUUGGAGUUUCUCAGAGACAGAGUCAUGAUCAGAGCCUCCUGUAACGGCCUGUUAUGCUGCGCUAGCGUCCCUGAAAAAGGUGUUUAUUACGUUUGUAACCCUUCGACGAGAGAGUUUAGGACGUUGCCUAGGAGUAGAGAGAGGCACGUGACUCGGUUUUAUCCGGAUGGGGAGGCGACGCUUGUCGGUUUGGCGUGUGAUGUGGGUAGGAAAGGGUUUUACGUGGUGAUGGCUGGUUACCACAGGUCGUUUGGGCAUAGACCUGACGGGAGUUUUGUCUGUUUGGUGUUUGAUUCGGUGAGUAAUAAGUGGAGGAAGUUCGUUUCGGCGUUGGAGGAUGAUUGUGGCGGUUUCACACAUAUGAGUAAGAACCAGGUUGUGUUUGUUAACGGGAGGCUUCACUGGUUGAUGAGUGGGUUGUGUUAUGUGCUUGCGCUUGAUCUUGAACACGACGUGUGGAGGAAGGUUUCUUUGCCUGAUGAGAUCAGAUGUAGUGGUGGGAAUAGGGUUUAUCUGUUGGAGUUGGAUGGGUUUUUGUCGGUGAUUCAGCUAUCAGAUGUGUGGAUGAAGAUAUGGAAGAUGAGAGACUACGUGAGUGAGGUUUGGUGUGUUGUUGAUAGCAUAAGUUUGAGGUGUAUCAAAGGAUUGGUGCCUGGGAUCUUCCCGAUUUGUCAGACGGGUGAGUAUGUGUUCUUGGCUACUCAUAAGCAGGUUCUUGUGUAUCAGAGACGGAGUAAGCUGUGGAAAGAGAUGUUUUCUGUGAAAGGGAGCUGUUCUCUGCCUCUGUGGUUCUCAGCUCACGCCUUUCGCAGCACCAUAGUACCUUGUAAUUAAAGCUCUAUAGUAUAUAGAUGGUAUGUUUGUGGUUGCAUUUUCUACGUUUUUCUUUUGUUUAUUUUUCUUGGAUCGUUUUGGGUUUGUGAAAAUUGGUUCAGGAUUUUUAUGUCCUUUAACAGAAACGGUUAAACGAAUAGUUUAUGUCAGUGUUAAAAAAUUGUUAGGGACUAAGACGAAAAGCAAAUGUUAACGAAUCAUUAAUUAUUUAUAUAAUUUUAUAUUUAUAUUAGAUAA